AUUAACAGAACAAUAGAGAAUACCCAAGAAGAAGAGAAUCCAUCUCUUACAUUUCCCUCCAUAGAUCUCUCAAAAUCUUUUUUUUUUUCAAAUCCUGAUUUUUCAUUUUUCAGCUUUAUAGGGAAUACUAAUAAAAAAAAAAUCUUUUGAUCGAUUUUGUUUUUUUGUUUUUAAUUUAGUUUCUGCCUAUUUUUUGAAAUUUUGUUAAACAUUUGAUGAUUCUAGAAGAACCUUAAAAAAUGAGUACAUCUCACCACUGUCAUCACCGCCUCCAUCCUUCUUAGGGAACCGGAACUGUGUUAACGGAUGACACUUAAAAAACCUAACCGGAAUUCUAACCAGAAUCCGAUUAUUCUUAACAAUAAGCUCACUACAGUGCAGACUCGACGACAGCGCAGGAAAUAAAAAACCGAUCGCUGCUGACGAUAUUAAAAACAUCAUUUUUAAUUAUAAGAAAAUUAAAAUAUACUAAAACUUAACCACACGACGCCGUUUAAGGAGAAGCAACAGCAGGCGGCAGCCUAGGAGUUAGACCAUGGAUGAGUAUGAUAGCGGUGGCCGCAGCGGCGACAAAUUCCCUGGCGGCGAGGACGAAGGAAGCACCGCUCCGCUUCCUGAGAAAGUUCAAGUCGGAGGUUCUCCGGUAUAUAGAAUAGAUAGAAAAUUGGGUAAAGGAGGUUUUGGACAAGUAUAUGUAGGCCGUCGCAUUAGUCCGAUAGCUUCUGGAGCUGUAGAGGUAGCGCUGAAAUUUGAGCACAGAAGUAGCAAGGGAUGCAAUUAUGGACCUCCUUAUGAGUGGCAAGUUUACAAUACACUUGGGGGCAUUCAUGGUGUGCCACGAGUUCAUUACAAAGGUCGGCAAGGUGAUUAUUAUGUCAUGGUAAUGGAUAUGCUUGGACCUAGUUUAUGGGAUGUUUGGAAUAACAAUUCACACACGAUGUCCAUUGAAAUGGUAGCCUGCAUUGCCAUUGAAGCAAUCUCUAUACUUGAGAAGAUGCACUCUAAAGGAUAUGUGCAUGGGGAUGUAAAACCUGAGAAUUUCUUGCUUGGUCCCCCUGGAACUUUUGAGGAAAAAAAGUUGUUCCUUGUUGAUCUUGGAUUAGCAACUAGGUGGCGAGAUAGUUCAACUGGCCUACAUGUGGAAUAUGAUCAACGUCCGGAUGUUUUUAGGGGGACGGUGCGUUAUGCAAGUGUUCAUGCUCAUCUUGGUAGAACUGGUAGUCGGAGAGAUGACUUGGAAUCUCUUGCAUACACACUCAUAUUUCUUCUACGUGGUCGAUUGCCUUGGCAAGGAUAUCAGGGAGAAAAUAAAGGGUUUUUAGUUUGUAAGAAGAAGAUGGCCACUUCUCCAGAAACUCUGUGUUGCUUUUGUCCUCAACCUUUCCGACAGUUUGUUGAGUAUGUGGUAAAUUUGAAGUUUGAUGAGGAACCCAACUAUGCAAAAUAUAUCUCUCUUUUUGAUGGGAUUGUGGGUCCAAAUCCAGACAUUAGGCCAAUAAACACUGAUGGUGCUCAGAAGCUUAUAUACCAAGUUGGGCAUAAGAGGGGGCGAUUGAUAAUGGAGGAAGAAGAAGAAGAACAACCUAAGAAAAAGAUACGCAUGGGUAUGCCUGCUACUCAAUGGAUAAGUGUUUACAAUGCUCGUCGGCCAAUGAAGCAGAGAUAUCACUACAAUGUGGCUGAUUUGAGGCUCUCCCAACACAUAGAAAAAGGAACUGAAGACGGGUUAUUUAUCAGCAGCGUGGCUUCUUGUUCAAACUUAUGGGCCUUGAUUAUGGAUGCCGGAACUGGUUUCACUGCUCAAGUCUAUGAGCUUUCACCUUACUUCCUGCACAAGGAAUGGAUAAUGGAACAGUGGGAGAAGAAUUACUACAUCAGUGCAAUAGCAGGAGCUAACAAUGGAAGUGCAUUGGUUGUAAUGUCGAAAGGAACCCAAUAUUUACAGCAGUCCUAUAAAGUUAGCGAUUCAUUCCCUUACAAGUGGAUUAACAAGAAAUGGCGAGAGGGUUUUUAUGUCACUGCUAUGGCCACUGCUGGAAGUAGAUGGGCGAUUGUCAUGUCACGUGGUGCUGGAUUCUCUGACCAGGUUGUGGAGCUUGAUUUCCUAUAUCCUAGUGAAGGAAUUCAUAGAAGGUGGGAUAGUGGCUACCGCAUUACUUCAACUGCGGCAACAUGGGAUCAGGCUGCUUUGGUUCUUAGUGUGCCUCGAAGAGAACCAGAAGAUGUAACUCAAGAGACACUUCGAACUUCUGCUUUUCCUAGUACCCAUGUUAAGGAGAAAUGGGGAAAGAAUCUUUACAUUGCAUCUGUUUGCUAUGGUCGAACUGUAUCAUGAGCAACUGAAAUUUUGUUGGAAACACCUAUCAGACUGCCUGUGUAACUCCUAAAAGAGAGUUCUCUCACCACUUGUUGCCUUCAUUGCAAAUCAAGCAUCUGCUCAAGUCAAAUUGAUGCAUCAUGGCAUUUUGGAGUCUAUGUAUGCAAAUUUCUUCUUUUUGAUCGUCGCUACGUAGCACCUGUUACUAAUGUCUGUGCACUGUCUUUCAAUUGCAUGGAAAUACUUACAAAUCAGCUGAGAUCGUUUUGUCCCUUAGGAUGGGUUGACUCACCCUUUUGCUAAAGUACAUUGUAUAGUUACAAAUAGUGAUCACUUGGUUGAAGGUCUGUGCACAGGUUUUCUGUAUGAAAUGGUACUCUCAAGAGUGUGCUAUCAUGAUUUUGCAAUGCGCUCUAGGCGUUCAGUCAUUGAGUAUGUACUUAUCUUUUUCUUAGUCCUUGUUUUUAGACUGGAGGAUUAUUUUAGAUCUUUCGCCCAUGUACCAUGGGAUGUCUAAAUUUGACCUAAAGAUGGAGGAUGUGCCUAUCCUGUAUACUUUGAAGAAACAGUUUGUAAUGUUUUCUCUUUAUUAUAUUUAUUCCUUAUUAUUAUAA